AAGAAUGGAGGACAACGGUACACUUCAAGUUUGGUUAACUGCUCUCAACGGAACUUGUAAAGUAGUUUUAUUAACAGCAGUAGGAUUCUAUUUGGCACAUAAAGGGCAACUGCGCAAGGAAAUGUCCAAGAAUCUGAGUACUAUCAUCUUCGAGAUUUUACUUCCUUGUCUUUUAUUCUCCUCCAUUUUACGAACCUUAGUAAAUGUGGGAUUACUAGCACUAUGGUAUAUUCCAGUCAUUGCUGUACUAUUUCUGUUAUUGGGUUGGGUUUUGGGUCAGUUGGUUUGUAAAGUGACCAAACCACCACCUUUUUUUAGAAGGGCUUGCAUAGUAGCUUGUGCUCUUGGAAACUCCAAUCAGUUACCUGUAUUGAUUAUGGAUACACUUUGUGGUUUUUAUCCUUCUUUUCAACAACUUGGAAGCACUUGUAGAGAUUCUGCCACAGGAUAUAUAUCACUGUUCUUAUUAGUAUUUAGUACUGUAUCUUGGACAGGAUUCUAUCGAUAUUUACAGGGUUCAACUCGAGAGGAUUCCGUAAUGAAUAAUGGCGAAAAUGAGUUGUAUUCCAUAGUAGAAGUUUACAAUACGACGAGUUCUUUUCAUCCAAGUCCAUCCAUGGGUCAGUCCUCUCAUUCUGAACCUAUGGAACAAUCCGAUUCAUACGAUAAUAUUGCAUCAGAAAAGAAUCCAUCCCAUUCUUUUACAAGUCUUUUGGAGAAAGAGGAACAUCAUAAUAGUAACAGAGCUAUAUCAUCUAUGAAUAAUACUCAAGUGUUGGAACAAUCUUCUUCAUUAUCUCUCUUUUCCAUUUCAUAUCGAAGAUUGUUUCAUUUAUUGCAUUCUUAUCGACAUUUGGCUACUCCUCCUUCCAUAGCCAUUGUAUCGGCAUUAUUACUUGGAACGAUAUUCAAGCCAUUAGCUCUCCUUUUGAUAGGUUCCGAUGCUCCUUUGCGUGUAGUCGUGGCUGCACAAGAGACAUUAGGUGCUGCUGCUAUAGCAUUGAUGUCUUUGGUUGUAGGUGCCAAUUUGUAUCAUUCUUAUCAAAGAGGAUUUCGUAACCAUGGAGUAUCUUUUUUCUGUAUUUUGUCCAUUGCAUUAUGUCGUCUUUUCAUUAUGCCUAUAUUGGGUUGGAUAUUGAUAGAGUUGUUAUUGCAUCUGGGAAUUUUGGGUAGUCGAGUAGAUAAUAUCCAAUUGUUAGUCAUGAUGAUUGAAACUGCUGUUCCAUCAGCCAAUAAUGUUGUGAUUAUGUGUGAAAUGGUUGGAACGAGUGAAGAGCCCAUAUCUUUAGCUUUGUUAUGGCAGUUUAUGUUGGCACCUUUGUUCUUAACAGCCAAUAUGGCCUUUUUCUUAUGGACUUUAUAAACGAUAUAUAUAAAUAUAUAUCAAUAUUGUUUACCCAAAUCUAUUUUGAUGGCUUGUAAAAGAAUAAAUCUAAUAAACCCAUUACUGUGAAUAUCUAAACACAUUCAAUUUUACGUAUU